CCUGAAAUGUUUUUCGACAAAAAUAGAAAAUAACAAUUUGUCGUCUACAUUUUUUAUUCAGUGCGGGAUAGCUACUAGAAAAUGUCAAAGUUGUGUGACUUGGUCAUGGGAACUCAUUUUAACUCAAACAGGUAAGAUGGAAGUGAAAAGACAAUGGAGUAAUGUUAAAAGGAGACAAAUGACAAUCGAUUCCCUUUGAAAACAAAAGACAUGGGGACUAACUCCUCAUUCCCUGAGGGGUCUCCCCCUGGAAGCAGAAUCUCUGCCUUCAACAGACAGACUCAUGGAUACAAUUUGUCUGAUUCAGACCUAAGUGCCAGGGAAAAGAAAAAGAAAGCUUCAAAGUUAACAACACUUAGAAAAAGGCUCAUUCGAUCCAGGCGACAUAGUCGCUCAAUGGAUUAUGGGAAAGCUUUACGUGAAAUGAUAGCAACAUGGUCAAUUCGAGAACUCAAAGCUCUCAUUCAGGAAUAUGAAGUGUUGGUGGCACUUAAGGAAUUAGCUGUGGCGGCCAAUCUUGCUAGACCUGCCGCAAAUUCUUUGAAAAAGGAUUUAGCAGCGUUGUUUGAUUCUAAAUGUUGUACAGAUAUUGACCUAGUGUAUAAGGGAGCCUGUUUCCCUGCUCAUCGUGCUAUACUAUCAGUGAGGAGUCCUUAUUUUAGGGAUCUGUUAAAUCGGUACCCAGGGGUGGGCUGUCAGGUGCCCGUCAAACUACGUACUAUUGGAGUGGAUGUUGCGUUAUUUGCUACAGUAUUGCGAUUUCUCUACACAGAUGAAAUCAAUUCUCAUGAUCUGCGUCCAGAACAUCAGGAGACUUUGGCCAAGUUGGCAGAGGAAUUUGGUGUUCCUAAUGCUUUGGAGCAUGAUCUGAGAGUUUUAUUAGAUUCUGGGAACUAUAGUGAUGCUGUACUAGUGUUCACGUGUGACGGAAACUGUACAGACUCGUCCUCUGAGAGUGAAGCUACAUGUAAAUCUGUGCUACACGAACUAAGGUGCCAUAAAGCAAUAUUGGCGGCUAGGUCACCAUUUUUCAAAAAUCUUCUGAUCCGAAGAGCAAGAUCAGGGGAGGAUCAAGGUUUAAACACACAAUCAAAAAUAGUGCUAGAUGAGACAAUUAUUCCGCGGCGUUAUGCCAGAGUGCUGUUAAACACUAUAUACCAGGACAAUGUAGACCUGUCCCUGAUAUUGAGGGGUAGUGCUAGCAUGUGCAGUCUGAGUGAGGUACAGGCGAUUGUGGCAGGGCGGGGGCAGAUGACACUGAUAGAGGAGGCAAUGGAGGUUUACCAAAUAGGGCAGUUCCUGGAUUUCCCUGUUCUAUCUCAAGGUUGUGAGGAUAUAAUCGCGGAGGGUAUUUCCCUGGACAAUCUGAUAAGUGUGUUGUCAUGGAGCUCAGAACCCCACGGGUCAAAGUGGGUCCAUAACCAGGCCCUCCAUUUCAUCCGUGAGGAAUUCCUUCAGGUUGUUCACUCCUCAGUCCUCACUGAACUGUCCAGAGAAUAUAUUAAGUAAAACUCUUGUAUUGCUUCAUUGUAGGCAGGUGAACUGGAGAUUCUGUCGGCCAUUAUCAAGUGGGGAGAGAACCACUUAGUGAAGAGACUGGAGGAAAGAGAGCCCAACUUACUUAGCCAUACAGCACACAGCAUCAGUAAAAAGGGUGUGAAGAAACGCGAUCUCAAUGAUGAAGAGUUAAAGGAUAUUCUCUCAGAUUUCCUGUGCUUAAUAAGGACAGAUCAUAUCCUACCCCAUAACAGUGAUGUUCUUAACAGUGCAAUAAAACGAGGGCUUGUCAGUCGACCGCCCAGUCACAUGAUCGGAGAUGAGGGGUUUGUAGUGCCGUCGUCUUCCUGGAUACGAGGGAAAAACAAUGGCAUGUUUGUUAGGCCCCGAUUGUUUGGUCCAUAUUAUGAAGAUGCUAAGGCAGUACUGGAGGAGCGCCUCUCUCAGGGUCAAGAUCAUGAGUCGGGUCGGGUCAGAACGAUUCAGAUGUCCUCCAUACCAGACACACUGUACAUGGUCGACAACAGCCAGUAUCCCAGCAACUACGUCAACCCUCCUAGCUGUAACACGGUGGAUAUCAUAGCAGGAACCAUACCAGUACCUGAUAAUGCCACAAUACACAGAAUGCUACACAGAGAAAGAGAAUUACAAAGUAGUCCCACUGCCCAGAGAGCUCUAACCCUGCCAUUAAGUGAUCGUCGGGCCGUCUCCUACCAGCUUCGGCUGAGAACAGUCCGGGAGUUUGGACUGCCAGACUCAACAGUAGAGGUAUUACAGAACACGACAUCUUACUACCCACCCGAUCCACUACCUCCAGCUCUCCCAGCUAAAACACAUUCACUGAAAAAGUACCUGAUAUCUCCACGAAGACGGAAGCAGAGCCCUCCUCUCAGCAAGAGGACCCCCUUGGGGAGCCCCACCAAACCUGUGCAGUGUGUUCCUCCCACUCGCUUAUCACAAGGGGCCUCAAGAGAGACUGACUUGAGUCCGUGUAGUGACAGUGCCUUAAGUGACACCAUGCCAGACAUAGCAAUGGCAUCAGCCUCACUCAGUCAGAUCAACCUUCAGGAUGAGUUUGACCUUGACAUUGGAGAUAGAGGGAGUCACCAUGGGACACUGUACAUUUGAUGUAUACCUGUGUCACACGACUGGGAUUGUUUUUGUCUUAUUUAUUAUUACAGACUAGAGUUACCACCUCAGUGUUAUUUAUUAUCCAAAAGAUUUCUAUUUUUAUUCUUUGUUGUCACAUAUCAGAACAUUUCAUUACAUGUGUAGCAUGGUCAUUUCACUCAUAAAAGAAUUGAAUUUACAGUUUCCACGUAAUUUGUUGAUUUUUUGAAUUACCUCUGCUUUGCAUUAAUGCUAAAUGUUUAUCAGAUUUUUUUAGUACUGAUUCAAAAUUAGCAAGCCAAAGUUGUAUUAAAGUUCUAGUUUAAAAGUAGUUUUUAUUCAGUAUGGAAAGACAGUUAUCAACAAUUUCAUGAGGUUGAAUGGUAAAUUUACUUACUGUACAUGUAUUUUGUAGUUACCAAAUUCAAAAAGCAAGUUUUUUUCUUUAGUUGAAAUUUUUUGAUGUUUUUAUCUGAAUCCUUUGUUAGAUAAAAAAGUGUAUUUUAUUGGCAACUGUGAUAUCUAUGAAAUACAAAAUCAGGGGGGGGGAGUGUACAUUGUAGAGCUGACUUAGUGUUAUUUGUCUAUUUAUCACUCCAAUUUACUCUGGUAUACAUCCUUCAUAACUUGUUAGUGUUGUUAUUUCCCUUCAAAUGUUGAAAUAUUUUAUACCAUUGAAUGUUUGGCUCAAAGAGUUGCAGCAAAGAAUCUGAAGAAAAUGUUUUAUGUGAUUUGGGGUUCUUUAGCUGGAAAGAGCUCUAAAUUUUAUCUGAUGUCCUACAGAAAAUCACUUGUUUGUAUUUACCCUGGGUUCAUUGUACCUUUUGUUUGUGAAAUGUUGUACUUUUGAAGAUUUUAUCUCCUCGUUAGAAUUAAUAUAUUUAGUCAUAGUAGCUCAAUCAGUGGGGUAAAAUCUUUUAAACUUGAUAUAUAUUUGUAUAUUUAGUUCAUGUUUUGAAAUUUGAUUAUUUGAUCUUAAUUUUUUUUUUCAACAAACUUCCCACAGAUUCUCUUUACACAGUGCCCUGAAUUAACUUGAUCCAUGUUUAACAUCUAUUAUAAUGCACUUGUAUCUCUGGCCAAUUAAGAAGAAAACAAUCACUGUAAGAAGACACAAUCAAGUUCAGAUUUGAAAAGUAUUAACAACAAUGACUGUGCUUUAGAUUAACAUGUUAAAUGACACAGAUGAUGUUAUUUAGGUUGCAUAAAAGCUAAGUAAGAGGAAUAAUGUUCUGUGAGUUUGUUUACUGCUUUUUACCUAUAAGAGUAGCUGUAUUUGACACUAAGCUCUCAGAUAUCACCUUCUAGACUGUGAUACUGUUGAACCCUAUGGUAUUGUGAGAGUGAGUUCAUGUGAUAGUUUGUGUUAUAAUCAAACAUUAGCGAGUCUGAACUUUCUAUCUAUGUUUGUAUUUUUUGUCCCAGUUCUUUUACAAAGCUUUGUACUGAAAUCUGAUUUAUUGAUUAUUAUGCCCUUGAUACUGAAGGUACACAUGUUAUUUUUGGUAUGUUUUCUCCCUAAUUGACUCUAACAUUUUAAGAUUGUGGUAUAUGAUCUAAAUAUAAGCCAGGAACUUGGGUUUAUUUCAGAAAAUUUAAGAAAAAUCUGCUAAAUUUGGAGGAAUUGUACUAACUUAAUCCUCUUCUUGCUGAUUAGCACAUAAGGCCCGAAUUGUGUUCAACAGUUACUUUGUAAUCUGAAUAUAAGUUUUGGGAAAAAAUAAACUUAUGAAGUCUUUAGCUACAGAUCUGUAGCUUGCUGCUCUGAAAAAUUUGGAUGGAUGACCAGAGAGCUCUCAUGCCACCCAUAGAAAAACUUAUUUAUUGAGCACAAAAACUUAUGCUUGAUUUUUUGGGGGAUUUAAUUUCUCCAAAUUCUGACCUCCAGUCUUUCAAUAUAUUUUUUUGCAGAGCUACAGUUCUGCAGCUAUGAAGUCUAUAGUUUACAGUUGAACUUUUUUAUCUGGAACAUCAGUUUGUGUACAUGUAUUACAAUGAAAACAGCAUGAUAGUAAGUAAUCCUUGAAACACUGUAUCUCAAAGUUUUAACAAAGUCUUGCAAUGUUCAAGAUAACAGGGUUUGAAUUGAUUUUUAAGGUUAAACAGAACAGUAGAAACACUGAACUUAUGUUUGAACUCAGAUAUACUAGUAGAUGUACCAGAAUUUCAUAUUCAUUGAGAAUAUUACCUACAAGUUUUCUUUCCCAUUUGCACUGUCUUGACCUUUGUGUUACGUUUGUGUUUUACCCAUAUCAUGCUAUUUAGACACUCAAUCAUUUCAUUGUUGUAAAUAAUUGACAGAUGUUAAAAAUAAAUAUUAUCAAAAAUAAAAUAGUUCAUGGAA